AUGAUCCCUCGCACUGGCAAGUCACUGGCGUCCAUCAUCGGACGUCGGACCUUCUCGCAGUCUGCAUCCCGACAUAACUAUGAUGCUACCAUUAAGAAUUUACUUAUUCACAAGGAUACUAAAGUCCUCUGUCAGGGUUUCACGGGAAAGACUGGCACUUUCCACGUCAAAGAAGCUCUUGCAUAUGGUACAAGAAUGGUUGGCGGCGUAUCCCCUAGCAAGGCGGGCCAGACUCAUCUUGGGCUCCCCGUUUUUGGCUCUGUCAAGGAGGCCGUUCGUGAAACGCAACCCGACGCGUCUGUACUCUAUGUUCCACCACCUUUCGCAGCAGAUGCUAUUAUUGAAGCAAUUGAGAACGAGAUUGGGUUGAUUGUCUGUAUUACGGAAGGUAUCCCGCAGGCCGAUGAGAUUAGGGUGACACAAGCACUCCAAAGUAUCGUCUCUCGUUCCGGUACCUUGACGUACGAGGCCGUUGCGCAGACCACUGCUGUUGGCUUAGGCCAGUCCCUCUGCGUCGGCAUUGGUGGUGAUCCAUUCCCCGGCACAAAACAUAUCGACGUUGUCAAGUUAUUUUUGGAUGAUGACAAGACAGAAGGCAUUGUUCUUAUUGGUGAGAUUGGUGGUUCAAUGGAGGAAGAUGCAGCGGAGUACUUGGAGAAAUACAAUAAGACACGUAGCCGUCCGAAACCCGUUGUCAGCUUCAUCGCUGGGCGCACCGCGCCUCCGGGCAGACGGAUGGGCCACGCGGGUGCUAUCAUUUCUGGUGGAAAAGGUGCUGCUAAGGACAAGGUCGCGGCUCUCGAGAAGGCCGGUGCAAUUGUUACAGACAGUCCUGCGAAGAUUGGUGCCGAGAUGUUGAAGUUAUAUGGUCUCUACAAGUACCUCACUGUUUCUCCGGAACCCCAUAGCGGUCGCCCAUCCAUCUUUGACUUCACUGGGAGAGCGAAAUGGGAUGCUUGGAAGGCAUGUGGUAGGAAGUAUGGCGCCAAUGCUCAAGAUGUGGAGAGUUCUUACCUGGCCAUUGCCCGAGAGCUAGGUUGGCGUGAAAACGUGGCUUUCGUAGAAAGGGAAGUCGGGAACAACAAUUUUGACAUGUCAGAUGGGUCAAAUAGCAAAGGUGGAAAUAGUGGGCUGGGCAAUUCUGUAAGCACCAUGGCCUUCGCAGAAGAAGAGCAAUGUGUAGGCGUGAUGAGCGCACUCGCAAUCUCUGGCAAAAUAGAGGAAAUGGAAGUAUUCCUCCAAAACAAUCCAGAUAUAGACAUCAAUGCACUGGACGAGAAUGGCUACACACCGUUGCAUUUAGCAUGCGACAGAGGCAAUCUCGGAGUAGUUGAGUUCCUUCUAAAGCGGGGAGCGGACGUACAUCUCAAGGAUGCCGACAACACAACCGCAUUAGAAUUGGCUGAAGUGGCAGGAAAUGACAAUAUUGCCGCCAUCUUACGAUCAGUAGCGCAUGAACACUGA